AUGAGUUCAGUUUAAAAGGAAUUAGAUAAUUCGAAUUGCAAUGGAAGAGGACUGUAUUUUGAUUAGGUUUGUGAGUGUGAUUUAGGAUAUUUUGGAACCGAAUGUUCUUAAAAGUUAGAAGACAUACACGUUGUCUCUUAUUACGCAUUUAUUGGAUUCUUUCUGAUCCUCUUUAUAGUGCUAUUAAUUUUAACUGCGAAACAGCUUCAUUUAUCCGUAAAGACCAAUAAAAUCCCGUAAUAUCAAAGGUACUUUAGCAAUAAUAAUAGUAUUUAGAGGAUUAAGCUAUCUGAAGAAUUUUCUAGGUUCCCCAUUAAAUUGCAUUUUGUGUUUAAUGGUAUUGUUUAAUAUUUUAAAAAUCUUGUGGCUUUCUUAGGAUCCUUUCAAACCAUUUGUAACAUCAAUCAUAAAAAGUAGGAUUAUGAUAAAAGAGUAUUUGAAAGAAUUCUAGCAGAGGUAGUGUACACCAUCCUUUUUUACAUAUACGGAAUCCUAUUAAUGGUCUGGUACACAAUGUACGAUGAGAUCUCAUUCAAUAUUUCAGAAAGGAAUAAAAAAUCGAAACUUCAAUUAUUAUUUGGGGAUGAAUUAAAAGUCGAAACCAGAAAGUGGAUAUUCGUAUAUUACAAAGAUAUAAUGAAAAUAAGACUUUUCUUUGUCUUGUUGAUACAAUUAACAAUUAGUACAUUAAAUGGAUUAAGACUAAGCUAAAAGUAUAAGACAAUACUUUAUAUUGCGUAUUCAAUUUUGCUCCUGAAUUUCAUGUAAUAUUUAUCUACUAUACAAAGUUCCUUUAUAUUAGAAUUCUAUAUUUAUGGGAGAUCACUUAAUCAAUGCAUAGAGUCUCAACUAAGGAAAUUAGAUGGAGAUAGUGACAAGGAGAUUCAAGAAAAGUCUGGCCAAGUGAAUUAGUAACAACAAAUAGUGUACUCCAAGAAUUCAUUUGGAAUUUAAUAAGAAGAAUAACUCCAAUCACCAGAAACACAAGAUUAAUAAGUGUUGAGAAUUAGUUCUUAGAGUGAAUGUGAAGAUAACAAUGAGUAAAUAUAAGCAUAACGAGCGUUUCUCUCCGUCGAAAGAUAUCAUCUUACAAAUAUCAAAAAGUCAGUCUCCUUUAAGAAAUAAUUGAAUACAAUUAAAGAAAUUCCAAAUGAAUUGAGUAAUGUAAAAGUAGUUCAAAGCUCGCAGAAUUUGGAAACAGAAAAUGAGUUACAGAAAAGCAACUUGAAAACUAUUGUAAGUGAGGAUUCGUAGAGUUCCAAAGAGGAGGGAGCCAUUCAUUAGAAAAUGAAUUCUUGUUUAUUGAAAGAGGAUGACAAUGUUUAGGAGAGUAUACCUUGGGACAUAUAGAAGAAUAGAUAGAAUAUUAGAAAUAUUAAGACCAUGCAGAUAAAGAUUGUUGAGAAGACAAAAUAGUAAGUAAGUGAAAUAAAAAAGUUUAAGAAGGCUACAAUUAAAAAUAUUAAUAGGGAAGCUUUAUUUGAUACUCAAUAAAAUGAAGAUCGAAAAUCAAAGAUCUUAUCAGCUGAAGAUUUUUAAACAGAAAUGUAAGCAGAAUAAAAAUAAAUAAAAACAGCUAAUCUAAAUGCAGAUAAAAAUGUCAUAAUUAAAAUUCAAAUUUUGAUAUAUGCAGGAGUAUUUCUAGAAAUUUGUUUCGGUCUAUUAUCAAUUGUAAUUUUAUUAACAGACUUAUUGAAAACACCUACAGGAACUCUAUGUUAUUUAUAUAUUUCAGCGAUGUUAUAGUACCUAUCCUUGAUGGCAGUAUUGAAGUUAUUUAAAGAUGUGAGAAGUCCAGAAGUCUUGAAUUUGAUUUGGAUAUAAAAAGUAGGGAAUGGUAAAAACAAAGUCAACCAAAAGUUUUUCUUUACGAUUCCACAAUUAUAAACUAAAGUAGACGAUUCAAAGAAGAAAUUUGAAUAAAGAAUCAAUUUGCAUAUUAGAUGA